AUGCUCACCAAGGCUCCACGCUUCACCCCUGAAUCCGUUCCAUCGUUCAGUCCCUCAAGCAUCCGACUAUUUCCAAUCCAUGUCCACGUCGACCGCAAUGGGUUUGUUUACGUCAAUUUGGAUGCAGGUGUUGUUCCAGAAAUAUCUUGGGAACAACAGUAUGGUUCGCUGGACCAACAAGAUGUGCUGAAGGAUUCAGGAGUCGACUGGGAUGCUGUUGAAUACGACUUCACCUGGACGAAAGAAGGCGCCUUCAAUUGGAAACUUAUGCAGGACAACUACAAUGAAUGCUACCACUGUCUGACUGCCCAUCCCGACGUUGCACGAACAACAGCUCUCGACACCUACUAUGUCAAUCCAGCUCCUUCGCACAACUACAUUAGCCACUUCAGCGAGCCCAAGGCAUCGGUUCUUGAGUCUUCAGCCUUCGACAGCACACGCUUCGCCGGAAGAUCAGCCACACAUGUAUUCCCCGUAAGUCAUUUCUCUCCUAACCCAGGCACCGGCUUCAUGCACAUGAUGCGAAGCAUCCCGACAUCCCCGACCACCACGAGACAAGAGUACGACGUCUACAAACUCAACACGCCCAACGCAACCCCAGAAGCCCACGAGCGGAUGACCAAGUUCUACCGAAAAGUCGUUGACGAGGAUUUCGCUCUUUGCGAGAACGUGCAGAAGAACCUGAAUCGAGGCAUCUUCGGACGUGGACCUCUACAUCCGUUUCACGAAGAGGGUGUCUUUGCAUUCCAGAAAAUGCUACUCCCGGUACUGGCGGAUCAUGUGCAGAAAGAGAAACUGGCUGGACAUGAGAUCUGGCCUGCGAGGCCGUCUAACCAGACGUAUGCCGAGAACGGCGCGGCUGGCACUAUCAAUGGCGAAAAUGGCACGUCUAGUAUUUGUGAAGUGCUAAUCGCGUGCAAUGGAGACAAGAACAAGGAUCUACAAUGGUAA